GUCUUCUGUGCCGUUGCUAAGUACCACUGCUUUCCAAGCUGGUGGAAAAAUGUGUGUAAUUCUAAAUGUCAUCUGUCUAUAUCUCCCAUGUAGGGUUAUACUCCCUCUGAACACCUUUGUUUGGAGAUUACAAACUUAUGAGAAGUUGAGAGAAGCAUUUUAAUGUUUGCUGAAAUGACACCAGGUUCAAACCGGGCACUGUUAAUCUCAGGGAAAGGGUCAAGGACAAAGGAGCAGAAAAAUCUAAAAUCACCCUCCUUUAGGAACUGUCUGAAGUUUUGCUUCAAGGACCGAGCGAGGAUGGAGCAGAGAGAAGCACACAAGGAUUCACAUGCUGAACUGACUGAGGGAAGAUUCAGGGAACUGGCAUCAAAGUGGUUCAUAGAGACUCAAGUGCCUCUCAUCGUCCACAAUGGCUUCUUCCCCACUUGGUUCCUGGGAUUCAUCACCAGAAAGGAUGCUGAAGAAAUACUCAGAGAAAAGGAGCUGGGCUGUUUCCUGGUCCGUCUCAGCGAUAAGGCCAUUGGGUACAUACUGUCCUAUAAAGGCAAGGAUCGGUGUCGACACUUUGUGAUAAACCAAAGUGAAACAGGGCAGUUUGUAGUCUGCGGAGACAACGAGGGACAUAACACAGUACCAGCUCUAAUAGAAUAUUACAAGACAAGUCCCAUUGAGCCGUUUGGAGAGUAUCUGACAUCUUCAUGUUUUGAGGUAAUGAACGAAGACCUGUAUGACACCAUCCAGAUCAGCCCUAAAGAAAAACCCGUGGCUGCUCUCAGAGCUGUUAAGAAUGUGCGAAAACAACAGACUAACUUGGCCUCAGAGCAGCCACGCGCACGACCCCCAAAGAGCAACAGGACACUAGAGGAAGUGCCACCUUUGCCUCAGAGGAGCAGACACUUUGAUAGUGGCCCCCUGACUGACCAGGACAGGGUUUGCUAUGCUCAGCUUAGGAAGAUACCAAGAUCCACACACACCAUUCAGGGCCAUUUACCUGGGGAUAAUCCAGGAAGGGUUGAGAGAUCCACUUCACAGGAUCAGAACAUCAUUCGCUAUAGUCCUCCAUUAGGACGAGACUCUAUUUACUCUGACCCCAGCCUGCUGGAGAGCAGCAAGAGCAGGUCUCUACCACUCCUGGACAACAGCUCUGACGGAGAGCACAGUCACAGACUGAGUGCACCCCCACACACGCCACCGAGACUUUCUCCCAAGCCCAUCAGACCGUGUGCCCCACGGGCAGAGAAGACAGAAUCAUGCAGCAUGGACUACAUGAGUGACAGUGCUGUCUAUCACCUCGCUGGCAAGCCUGGCAACCCACACACUGCAUCGUCUAAGACCAACUCCUUCGCACCAGAGCAGCGUAUUGACUCAGUGUACGCUGAAGUCCCCAGUGGUGGCACCUUUAGUCGCUUCUCUCAAGACAAUACAUAUGAGCUGGUUCCUGGGCACGAGGACUCAGCUCAUCCUAAACCCAACAGCAACACUUACGAGCCUCUGGAGGACGUCAGACCCAAGGUGUUAAAGAAUGACAGAUGGAAAUGGCUCUUCCCUGAGGCCAAGAGGAAAUGGUGAAGAUGUUAACUUACCAGCUACUGAAGAAAAUGUUUACUAAUUUUACUCUGACACUACUGUGUUACUAAUAUACACUCUCUGACAACUUCUUUUACAUAAUCAACACUGGAUUACAUGUUCAUAACCAUUCAAAUGUCAUCUUCUGUCCUUUUUAUUUUUAAUAUAUUUAUUUAAAUAUGAUGAUGCAUUUGCAUUUUUUCUUUCCACAUGUAAAUCUGUGUGCUAAAUAAAACACAAAUUGUA